AUGUAUCGCAAACGAAACGGUUCACUCGGCUUCUCGUUCACACGAUUCGCCAAUGCCGCCGUGCCCAACUUCUUUGCGGAUGCUUUACCAUCACACAGCGGCGACCUGACCGCGUUCCGCCAGGACAUGUGCUACAUGCACCAGGUGACGUCGGCAGACCCUUAUGCCCUGGACGAACGAUCCUUCUACGUCGGCGGCAUCGUAGACUCGGAGAAGCUGAGCAAACGGAUACACAAGGCCCUGAAGAAAUACGAGAUCCUCAAGGCCGAGGACGGCACAGUCGACACGUACAAGAUUGGUCCAAGAUUCACACACCAGCUGGCCUUCCUCAACAUCAACCGUCAGAAAGACCUCGUCGGUUUACUUUUCUGGUGGGAAGAAGAGUGUCAGCGACUGCGCAAACUGAACGCGGAAGAAAAGGAGCUCGACGCAAUUAUUGCCGACAUGGUACAUAAUUUGGAACAACUGGGGCCAGAUUCGCCGGAAGAACAACAUCUCAAAAUCAAUCUAGAUCAGCUGAAAUUUGCGAGAGAACGCAUCCGGAUGAAGAAAAGACAGCGUCCGAGCCAGCGGCAUCCGGACGUCGAGGCUGAUCGUGAUGAUAUUGUCGAGGCUUUCCACGGCCGCAGUAAGAGUGUACCCAACCUUGGCUACGGCUAUGGGAUCCCGGGCAUUGUAGAUGGUACAUCCCCACCAUUGGAGCGCCCUCCCGAGUACUCUGGUUCCUAG